GGAAGCAGUUUAUAUGAUGAUAGUCGUGCCUGAGAGCCUCUGGAAUCUGAUCAAAGUUUUCAUCUAACUUGUCCAAGUUUAAUUUUUCAUUAGUUACCCCCAGAUAUAUCCUAGCCCCAGCAGAGUAUUCAAGGGUCCUCUACCCACUGUAGAAUAAUGAAUCCAAAACAACCAACACCGCCAGAGCCUCGUAAGGCUACCCCAGAGAUAUGUCAAGUUUCUCGAGGUGAUGCAGUGAGAGAGAAACUUAGUAGGAACAAAAAGAUCAAGGCAGACCAACUUGGAUUGCAUAUCCUCCAUCAACCUUCGGAUGUAGAGGAUAUUGAGGUUGAUGUUUUAGCAAUCCAUGGAAUCGGUGCUACCCCUGAGUACACCUGGGUCGACAGAGAGAGCGGGGUCAGCUGGCUUAGUGACUCGACUAUGCUCCCCGAUGUGCUCCCUAAUGCACGAAUCAUGGUCUACAACUAUGAAUCCUUCUGGUUUGGAGAGAAUGCUGUUAGGCAAUCCCUCAGCGGUGUUGCUGAAAAGUUGUUGAUGGCCUUUCAUGACGAGCGCUCCGAAUGCCCGCGUCGCCCGAUAAUCUUUAUAGGGCACUGUUUCGGAGGGCUGGUCUCCCUACAGUGCUACAUGACUGCGACCAUCCACAAAGGAACAUAUCCAGAUAUUUCAAACUGUGUGGCAGGGAUGACGUUCUUGGGCACGCCUUUCCAUGGAAUCCACAGCGACUCUGGAAUGGCCACUAUGGGCGAAGUAUACUCUGCCAUAGUUGAAUCGAAAGUCCAGAGACAAGAUAACGUCAUGAACACGAUAGCUCAGGAUAACGAUGUUCUCGUGAACGCUGUUUCCGAGUUCAGUAGAUUACUUGAAAGCUCACCGAAUUUGAUCAAGCCAAAAAUCUUUUGUUUCUAUGAACAAAAAGCAAGCCACAUUGGACGCGUUGCUGGUCUCUCUGGUAUCGAGCCCAAAUUCCUUGUGACUGAAUCGUCUGGCACACUACUAGGGCAUGGGAAAGAGGGUUUGCCCUUAGACCAUUUCUCCAUGAACAAGUUCGUGAGCAAAACCGACAACAACUUCAAAUCAGUGCGCAGGCAAAUCUUGGAGAUGAACAAGAACGCGAUGGAACUCAUCGAGGUACUACGGUCUGCUUCCCCAGAGAAAACACGAUAUGCUCCAUUGUCAUCAUCUCCAAAGCACACAAUGCCGUCCCGAGCUGGGCCGAUUUUGAAGGAAGAAAACUUUGCAAAAAGAAAAGACAUCCUAAAGGUCAUUGAACAGAAGCUCUUAGGAGCACCAUAUGUGGCCUUAUACGGAGAUUCCGGUAACGGGAAAACGCAUGUUGCAGUAGAAUAUGCAUACAAAUUCAUCCAAGAUACAUGUGGACAAGUUCAUUGGGUAAAUGCCGGAAGCGCCGCCGAAUUUGAACUUUCAUACAAGCACAUCGCAGAAACCCUUCAUAUCAACCGAGCCAGUAUGAAGAAUGAUGAUAUUCUCAAAGCAGUCUAUGAAAAUUUGAGCCAAGAUAGGAAUGGACGCUGGCUCAUGGUCCUUGACGGCUGGGACGACGAAACGACACUCAAAGCGACCAGCGCAUCCCACCCAAGAAAAUCCCUACUUGACUACAUCCCCAAAACGGGACUUGUGACAGUUCUCGCAACUACACGGUCCAAGAAAAUAGCAAUGCGGAUCGUGGCUUCGAAUUCUCAGUCUAUCAUCGAGGUCCCUAAGUUAAAAGAAGCUGAUGCAUCCCUUCUUCUUCUCGGCAAGGAGACUUCAGAUCUAAGUAGGAGGCGGAGGGCUGCUAUUCGGGCCAAGGAGCUCGGAGGCUCAGCUGGUACGCUCGUACUAGCUCAUUUAUAUCAAAAGAAAACCUCCGUUGAUUCCAAAACGUACAUGGGAAUGAUUAACGAUCCCCAAGCCAAGGACACAUCAAAAACCAUGCGAGCGUGGCGACUGUUGUACGAAUUGAUGAGAGACAAGUACCCAGAGGAGGCAGACUUACUGUUUGUCAUGGGAUCAAUGAACGUACAAUGCAUUCCUAACUCAUUCUUUGAGAGGGUCGAGCUGUUCACGCAAAUUCCUCAUUUAGUGGAUUACGGAAUGGUCGAGCCUUCAGCUGACAGAAAGGUUACCAUCAUAACGUCCACAAUUCGAGAAUGUGUACAGAAGUGCCUCGAUGAGAAAGGAGAACGAGAAAUGGUCGAAGAGCGCGUAAUAUCUACUAUGUGCAACAAAUUUCACGGCGACGAGCACCGAGCAGCCGAGGUCCUGCUGCCCUGUGCCCUCAUGGCACUCAAGUUUCAACCAACAUCGGCCGAUAUUAAGCUCAAACUUGCUAAUUUGCACUCUGAAGUGGCCAAACUUUAUGGACACAUGGAACAAGGUCAGCUAGCUGCUGACCAUUGGAAACGAGCCCUAUCCAUAUACGAAGAAGACUCUAAGGACAACCAAAAGUUGAUUCAGGAUACGAAAGAGGCACUAAAAGCAGCAAGUGAGCGUCUCAAAUCCACCGAAAGCCAUACAAAGACGAUAGAAAAGACAGGAAACAAUGUUAGUCAAGUUGCUGAGAAGAAGGAGUUGUUAAUGCGUGAGAAAAACGCUGGCAAACAUGACAAGGACACGAUCCGCAAAGCAAGUGAAAUUGCCACAUCCCAAUUGAUUCAUGGUGAGACAAGCGAGGCAAAAGCGUCUAUUGAAUUAUUCGAGCGCAUCUUAGAGUGGUGCAAGGAAAAUAAGGGAGACCAAAGCAUUGAUGUCGGUAGAAUGCAGUACAAUCUCGCUCUCGCCCUUGAACGUCAAGGCGAGUACGACAGAGCUGAACAGCUCUACCAGUCAUCAUUACGAAUCGCGAGGUCACAUCUCGGACCAUACAGUCCAGAAACUCUAAGACCUCUUAGCAAUCUGGCUUCCAUGUACAGCAAGCAAGGCCGCCUGGAAGAUUCAGAGCAAACCUUCCGAGCCACGUUUCUAGGCCAACAGAAGUCUUUAGGCGCAGACCAUCCCGACACCCUGAGAACAAGACAUGACAUAGCCAUGAUGCUGGGCGAAAAGGGCCAAAUCGACGCUGCGGUUGGUGAGCUCGAGGAUGUGCUCUCCAAACAGCUUCAACUGCUUGGACGGGACAACCCAGCUACUCUCCGGACAGCGCGCGGCUUAGCCGUGAGCUAUUGCAUGCAGGGUUCUCCCGAAAAGAUCCAAAAAUCAGAGAAUUUCCUGAGAGAGACGCUUAAAAUUCAGAGUCGGGUGCUUGGGAAGACGCAUCCGGAUACAUCCCUGACAAAGCUAAACUUGAAGGAGCUGUUGGAUCAGGUCGAGAAUUCAAAGGCAUAGAUUUCUGUAUUUGUGACAAAGGCGUU